GUGUGGCUUGUCUCUCUCUCUCCGUUCAUUUUCUCCAUAAAAUAAAAACAAAAAUAAAAAUAAACUUGAAUGUCAAAAUAUUCUACAUGAAACGAGCUGUGACGACGCUAUCGAUAGUACUAUCGAUGUUUGCAGCUGUACCUCCUCUUCAUUCGUUAUUCAUAAAAUAUAAAAACAAAUUCACUUAAAAAAUAUUCUCGCUGCGACUGGUUGUGUGUGAGUGAGUGGAAGGUAGCGUAAAGAGUGGCAGAUGCAGAGAGAGAGGGAGAGAGCAAGAGCGUGAGACCGGACCAGAGCGUUGGUUUUUAUUUUGUUUGCUUCCUUCCACGCCUCUGACCGCCGCCACAGCCAUUCCUUAAUUAAUUUAUUUACGUUCGUAUUGAUUUUUUAAAGUAACAACAAUUUGAAUAUAUUAUAGAGAGAGAAAGAGCGCGCGCUUACACACACACACACAUAGCGUACAUAAAAAUAAAUAUAUGGGAAAAUCGUUCGAGGUUCGAGAAAAUAAUGUAUAUGGAUCAAAUGAACAUCAAAAUGGAAGAACUUUCGCAGGUGCCAAUGGAUCACGUCUUGAAGCUUCCAGCUUUGGCGCCAAAGGGUCGCGGACGGCCUCGCGCCUCGUAUGCCCAGACGGGGGAAUUCGAUGUUGGCCUAAUCCGUGAGUUUCGCUCUCGGCCUGUCCUGUACGACCGCUCGUCCAAACGCUACAAGGACAAACCGUACGUGGCCCAACAAUGGCUGCAAAUCUCGCACAAGCUCGGCUACGAUGUUUCCGUUCUGAAGGAGCGUAUGCUGAACUUGCGGAACCGCUACAACAUUGAGAAGCGUCGCAUCGAGAGUGGUGGCCUGAGCGCGCAGUACUCGCAAUGGCCUCAGUUCGAGAGCCUUCACUUCCUGGCCAAUCACAUCCGUAGCCGACGCAGCUUUAAGAACACGUCCAAGGCAGGCGAUGAGGCCUACGAGGCGGAGGGGGGCAUGAGCGACAGUAAUGGGCAGGUUAUGAGCAUCAAGGAUGAGAUGGAUGAGGAUGAGUUUGACCACGAGCAAACGAUGCCAGUGACCACAGUGCUGACCAUUCCGAUCACCUCAUCGGAUGAUGGCAGCUAUCCGACAAAGAGCUACCGUGGCAACAAUGCCACCAAUGGCAGGAGCUACAGCUUACCGAGCCGCCAGCAGGAGCUUGUCAUCAGUAAAGUCACCGCAGCCGCCAAACGUCAAGCUCCCGAAGAGAAGGAAGUCGAGCAAGUGGAGGAGGAGCCAACAGCCAAGCGGAGAGCAGAUGAGUCGAGAACCUACCCCCCGACAGUGCCUACACCCCCUGAAUUAUCAGCAUCCACAACUUCCAAUGCGUAUGCGAAGUUCCAUGGCUUCGGCGAGUUCAUGGCCCACUCCCUCUCCGAAUUGCCGCUACCUACUGCCUUGCUUUUGGUACAGAAGUUCACCCGCGAGCUGGUUCAAAGCACGAUCGGUAGUCAGAAGGUGAUUCCCACGGAAGAGGCUGUUCAUUGCAGUGAAUCAGAAGUCGAAGACUAGAAUUAGUAUUAUUUUUGUUUUUAAAUACGGGUUGUAGCUAAUCAGAUACCCUUCGAAGAAAUGUGCAUAAGUGGGUUUCUACAAGAGCGAAUCCCUAUUUAACAUAAUACUUCCAAGACACUCACUUGGUGGAGCCGAACUAUACUUGUAAUGUGCAAAUAUGUUACGCUAUUGAUAAAUAUAUAUAAAAUAUAUAGACUUUUAUAAACGA